AUGCUUCGUCGUAUCUCUCCUCCGUCCGCAACAUAUCCUCCGAGCGGCUCCCACGAUCCCUGGAGUCCGCAGACCAUCGCUGCAACGUACAAGCAGUAUGACCAGCUCGCCGACGGUGAGACUCGUCGCAUGUCGGAUGCCUUCGACCGCUUGGACAGCGAAUCUAGAGCGCUCGGGAUCUCGGUCGGCUACCACCUCAAACUCGACGCCCUUGCACAAGCAGAGGAGGCCAAUGCCAAGGUCACCAACGCGAUCGCAGAUCUUGCCAUCCGCGAGCAUGGUCUGAACCGAUCAGAGGUCGCCACUGGUCGGACGGGUACGCUGUUUCGGGCGCGAGAAGCACUUCAACAUUUUGUGCGGGAUUGGAGUGAGGAGGGAAGCGCGGAGCGGAAGGUGAUUGCGACGCCCAUCCUUGAUGUUUUGAGGGAUGAGCGGCGGGCUGGGCAGGUGCAGCGGGUACUCGUGCCGGGCUCCGGGCUGGGAAGACUGGCAUGGGAGAUCUCGGAGCUCGGUUUCGACACGACCGCAAAUGAAUUAUCUCAUUACAUGAACUUUGGACUGCGGUAUCUCGUCGAUCCUUUCAUCACCCCUUCCCCUCACUCCCACACCGUACAUCCAUGGGCGCACCGAUUCUCCCACCAACGCCUUUCCGCCCCGCUCUUCCGAGGCAUAUCCUUCCCCGACGCCCUUCCCCGCCUAUCUCCCACCUUCCACACAUGCGAGGGUGACUUUCUCCAGCUCACAACCGGUGGAUUCCACUAUAUCGUCACCCUCUUCUUCAUUGAUACAUCCGCCAACAUCGCGGCCACACUCAAUCAGAUCUACACCCUCCUCGCGCCGGGCGGAACGUGGAUCAAUCUGGGACCACUCCUAUGGGCGGGGGGCGGGACGGUGGGUCUUGAGCUUAGUCUGGAGGAAGUCUUGCAAUUGGCGAAGCAGGUCGGAUUUGCGGUCGAGACGAGCGGAGAAGGACCAAGAAGGGCGAGGACAAUACCGUGCGAGUAUACGCAAGACCCGGAGGCGAUGUUCCAGCGAGUGUACAAGGCGGAGUUCUGGGUCGCUACGAAACCACAAUGA